ACAGACAACCGUCAAAAUUUCUUUCCUUGAGGAUCUUGAGUUAGCGGAGGAAGAAAGCAUGGGUGCGGGAGCCAGCGCGGAGGACAAAAAGUCCAAGGAGUUGGAAAAGCAACUCCAAGAGGAUGCUGAUAAGGACUCUAAAACAGUCAAGCUAUUACUGCUUGGCGCUGGUGAGUCAGGAAAGAGCACCAUUGUAAAACAAAUGAAGAUUCUGCAUCAAGGUGGUUACACAAAAGAGGAGCAGUUGGAGUUUCGAGCGAUCAUCUAUGGCAACAUCCUGCAGUCUGCUCUGGCUAUCAUCAGAGGCAUGGAGAUGCUGGGCAUUGAUUUUGGCUCGCCCUCUGGACAGGAGGAUGCACAGAAGCUGCAGAACUUGUCAGACUCCAUUGAAGAAGGCACGAUGCCCUCUGAGCUGGCUGACGUCAUCAAGAAGCUGUGGGCUGACUCCGGCGUGCAGGCCAGCUUUGAGAGAGCUGCUGAGUUCCAGCUGAACGACUCUGCUGGCUACUACCUCAAUGAAAUGGAGAGAAUCUGCAAGCCAGACUACCUCCCCACCGAGCAGGAUGUGCUGCGAUCUCGAGUCAAAACAACUGGUAUCAUCGAAGAACAGUUCUCCUGCAAAGAGUUGCACUUCAGGAUGUUUGAUGUGGGCGGCCAGAGGUCAGAGAGAAAGAAGUGGAUCCAUUGUUUCGAAGGUGUGACCUGCAUCAUCUUCUGCGGAGCCCUCAGCGCGUACGACAUGGUGCUGGUAGAGGACGACGAAGUGAACCGCAUGCACGAGUCCCUCCAUCUAUUCAACAGUAUCUGCAACCACAGAUUCUUUGCACUGACCUCCAUCGUGCUUUUCCUCAACAAGAAGGAUCUCUUCGAAGAGAAGAUCAAGAAAGUCCAUCUGAGUAUCUGCUUCCCAGACUAUGAUGGCCCAAACUCGUACGAAGACGCCAGCAACUACAUCAAGUUGCAGUUCUUAGAGCUGAACAUGAAGAAGGGUGUGAAAGAAAUCUACUCCCACCUGACGUGUGCCACGGACACAAAGAACGUCGAGAUUGUGUUCAACGCUGUGACGGACAUCAUCAUCAAAGAAAACCUUAAAGAUUGCGGUCUUUUCUAAGCAGCUCCAGACUUAAAAAAAGAACCUCCUUUCCUACCUUAACCCCUCACAUAUUGGCAUUAACUGAGAAGUGUACUGAUGGAGCCCAGAGGAUCCUCAGAUUGACGUGUUCAUGCCAUCGCUUCCAUGCCAAGUCCUGGUCCUUGACUGCUCCUAGCACAUCACCAUCUCCAACCGUACCUCUCUGCAACACAGUGCGCGUCCAGCUGGGCUGAAACAACCAUCAAGUCACCGUAUUGUUGUUGUGGACAUAGAGCGUUCUACCAAGAUUCUUCAGUUUUUCUUAAGUACAGUAUUUGUCUCCUGCCAGAAGCUGCUGGUUUGAAGGUUUGAAGAUGAAAUAGUUGCUCAUUCGAUCCUCGUUGCUUCCUUUUGACUACUAUGUUGUGAGUUAUAUUUACUAUUAAACCAAGCUCUGUAAAAUAAAUAAAACAAUUAAAUCUGGGGGAAAAUAUCAAUAUGUUUUGAAUAGCAACAUCGAAACCUUGUUUUUGUUUUUGAGUACAGUAGUCGCUGUGGUCUUGAUAUUUAAAUUGUAAAAAGUUGCUGCGCAAAUAUCUCAGAUAUUCCCAGUGCUUGCAGUGUGUCAAGAUUACAAACCAAAUUGUACAUGUAUCUAAUCUAAAUAGUGUUAAUGUAUUCAAUUCACUUAACAUUUUAAUGUGAUGAACAUGGUAGAGGAACUUUGUACAUAAACGUAGAUAAUUCAAUAUAUUUUGAAAGAUAAAUCUGUAUGGAAAUAUAUGAGAGAGAGGGAAACAUUAGAGGGAUGAUGCUUUAUUGUGAAAAGGGAAUGAAAAUCUACUGAGUAUGUCCUUUCUUAUGAAAUGUAGCGGCAUGAAAUAAAGAUGCAUUAACUUCACUUGCGUGUCUGUUUCUUUGCUGCAGAAUCACACCAUCACUCACUGAAUAAUGUAAAUCCAUUCGGAGAAACAGGACCGUCGGAGCUGAGCAAUAACCUCAGGCUGUUACUUGUUGGGGACAAAGCUGCUGUUAUAUAAGUUCCCUGUUCGAGAAACAGAGGGGAAAUGGCAGCGUAUGGAAGUCCACUGACAAUAAAUCUAUUGAGAGAGCAAAGCAAAUUAACCAUGUAAUUAAUCGGCAGGUUGAGAUUUACCGUACGAGUGUGAACGGACAGAUUCAUGAAUCAUGAAUGGAGCUGACACAGAGGAACUGUACCAGUGGAUCUGAAUGAGCACUGAAUCUCCUUUGUUAAAGCUGUUUUUUUUUUUAAACUAUAUAACUGUAUUAUUUGUGUUGAAUGCAAAUUCUGAGUGGAAUUAUGUAAAUCCCCUGCAUCUGUUCUGGAUGUCAGCUGUCACGGUGGGUGAGAAGCUAGCUUUGUUACAUCAGGCAUGAGGCACAGUCUACUUAAAUGGCUGUAGGUAAAUGUCAGCAGACCUUAAAGCAACAUUAUAACUUGUCUUUGAGUGGAACACAAUUAUCAUUAAAACAAAUCCCACAUGUAAUGCUACAGUGCUACACGGAAGUAGCCUACCUGGAUGUCAACCUUGAUUCCACGCUAUCAUUUCAAUCACACAUAAAAUCCAUCACAACAUCAGCUUUUUAUCAUCUCAAAAACAUCUCCAGACUCCAGCCCUCCCUCCCUGAACCGGUGGCUGAGACCCUCAUCCAUGCCGGCCUUCAUCACCUCCCGCCUGGACCACUGUAAUGGAGUCCUGUCCGGGCUCCCUUCCAAAACCCUGGACAGGCUCCAGUAUGUGUGGAACUCUGCUGCCAGGGUGCUCGACCGCACCAAACCCUGGCAUCACAUCACCCCCAUUCUCAUCCUUCACUGACUCCCAGUUAAAUCACGCACCACUUACAAAAUUCUCCUCCUGACCUAUAAAUCUCUCUAUUCCCUCGCCCCCCAACUCUCUGUCUGACCUCCUCAACCCAGUAUCGGACGCUGCCCUCGUCAUGCACACACCAGAUCUCCAUCCCUCACACCACACUACAAACCCUCUGCAACAGACUUCAGCAUUUCUAUUUCUUUAACUUGUAUGUAUUUUCUGUUUAUACAUUUAUUCCUUAUUCUUUAUCUCUUUGUUUUUCAUUUGCCAAGUGCUGCACACAACUCAGAUCAGUGAAAAUAAGAUAACCUGAACUGGAGACACCAACACCUUGUAAUGACAUGCUACAUGCUAAACCUCUGUCAGAAUGGGAUGACCUAGCAUUUGAUCAAAAACAAGCACGUUGGGAACUUGGCUAACUCAGCCAAUUCUUGUCUCCUACCUCCCACUUAGACACUUUUUCUUUUCUUAGCUUGCUCCCUACUAAGUUCCGUUGCCUGUCCCCAGUUCUGAUGCCCAUUCCAGCCCCGAACUUGACAAACUCCUCCUCCGCGGGGCCCAAAUCCCCUGAGAUAGAGUUAACUUUUAGCUGCAGUAUGCAGCAGUUACAUGUUGCUUUUAGGAAAAUCAGAGAGUCGAGCCAGAGCAGCUCUAGGACAUCUAAAUAUAUUAUCUAGUUUCACCAAAAUCAGUUUUAAUCUGUGCAAAGCUACCUGCCCACCGAAGGUACACAACUAUCAUUCGGGAAUGAAAUAUGUACUGUACUGUAGUAUUAAUCAGCAGCUGAAAUAGAACCCAACUAUAUGUACUAUUAAUCCUAACACUGGCUAAAAACUGCAGUACCCAGCUAUUUCAGGUAAUUCAUAGCCUUUCCUUUUUCAUUUGAGUUCUUACAGAAUUACGUCUUCAGUAUGACCUAAUGGACUUGAGGCUGAACACCACAGACAGGCCAGGGUCGUCAUCAAGAAUUUGUUUUCGGUCUCUGGAAAAAGAAAUAUAAAAUACAACCAGACUUCAAAACUGACCAUGCAAAAAUUUAAAAUUUGGACCCUCGAAAAGUAAAAAAAAAAUCUGUUCUGUGAUGCUGACAUGUUGACUUGAAGAUUGAUUAUAGUUGAAUUCAUGUUGGACCUUACUGAUAAACUUCCAUUGGGUGUUAUACUACAAAGGUAACAUACGCGGUAGAAUAACAAGGACAUAUUGGUGAGCAGCGGUGCGUGCAGCAGCUGGAACACAAUGAGCAGAUGUGUCCCUGAAGUCUAAAAAUACUGUUUCCAAUGUGCUUGACCUCCUUCCAUGCAUAGUGUAGCAUGUGGUGUAGGUGAGACUGGGCCUCUAUAAACCUGCAAGGUGGAAAACGUGGGUGGUUUAGGCUCUCAAAUUGAAAGGAAAGAAAAAGGAAGACAACUUUGUGCCAUCAUUUAAUGAUGUUAAAAUGAACCAAUACAACUGCAAGAAAUGUAAAGAGAGAGCUAUACAUGGAAAUUGUUAAUGUUUUCUACUUUUCUGUGCAGGAAAAUGACUGAUUUCACCCAAACUGUGCUCCACUACCGUAUCUAACAGCAUCAGAUUAUUUUUUAUGUGAUGGCUACAGCCAAAAAAAAAA